AUGGAUGAUCCUAAUCCGAUACGAAACCUUUUCAUUAGCGGCGUAACGCAAACACCUGCUGACGUAAUCGACGCAAUACGAAGUGGUUUCGUCGGCUCAGAUAUGUCAUCGAUAGACGAGAGUGUUAAGAAGAAGAUUCGUCGCCUGAAGGCGAACGGAAGAGAACGUCAACGUAUGCACGGUCUUAACGAUGCACUGGAUGUGUUGCGACAGUACGUACCUAUCACAGUCCAACAUCAAAAGCUGAGUAAGAUCGAAACACUUCGAUUGGCCAGGAACUACAUCUUGGCUUUGCAACGGAUUCUCUACACUGGACGUCCACCCACUCCACUCGAGUACGCCUAUCAGUUGUCGAUUGGCCUCAGUCAGACGACGACCAACAUGCUGGCGAAUCUGCUUCAGGUACGUGACGAUCUUGUUUCUUAUUUGUUUUUAAAAUAUUUUAGUUUUUCAUUACGGCAAUAA